GCUGAUUCUGUCAAGAUGAACAAAAAGAGAACUUGGAAUGUGAAUGGGAACGAACCUAUUAUUGGGUCACAACCAUGUAAUGGUGAAUCCACUUGUAAAAUUAAAGCCAUAAGUAAAUUUGACUGGAUCUUUGUUUCAAGAUUGGCCCCUGAAGUGACAAAGGAUGACCUACUUGAUUUCCUGAAAAAUCUUAAGUUCAAUGUUGAAUGUGUGGAAUUGAAGACGAACUUCAAGCACUAUAAAUCGUUUAAGGAUGAUAUGCGCAAUGACGGUCGCACCAGAAGAAAAUAUAGACCGAUGGAAUUGGAAACAAAUGUGGUGAGUCAUGCCAACGGAUCAGCGCGCCUCCGCCUUGCCAACACCGACAUUCUAGUUGGGAUCAAAACCGAAAUUGACUGCCCUUUUCCAGAAACACCAAACCUAGGAAAAAUUGAGUUUUUCGUUGAUUGUUCAGCGAACGCGACGCCUGCCUUCGAAGGGCGCGGAGGCGAAGACCUGGCGAUGGAGUUGAGCAACAGUCUGGCCUGCGCAUACAACUCGUUUCCACUAGAUCAGCUGUGCAUCACCAGAGGAGAGCAGUGCUGGAAGCUGUAUGCCGACAUACUCAUACUGGAAUGUGGCGGCAAUCUGUACGACGCUGUGUCGAUAGCGGUCAAAGCAGCGCUCUUCUCCACCGAAGUGCCCAAGGUGAUGGGCACGCUGCUGGAUGGAGGCACGGUUGAUCUCGUCCUCUCCGAUGAUCCUUUCGACUGCCAAAAGUUGGAUGUCACGAGGGCACCUCUUCUCGUCACUCUCUGCAAGAUUGGUGACUUCUGUGUGGUUGAUCCAACGGCAGAAGAAGAAAUGUGCAGUAUGGCAAGUAUGGUGGUGUCCGUGCUAGAAAACGGAACAGUCACUAGUUCAUUCAAGUGUGGGGCAGGCAGCCUACAUUCCGAGACAGUCAAGCAAGCAUUCAAGAUUGGUAAGGAGGUUGGCCAAUCUUUGAAUCAAGAACUAAAAGAGAUUCUUCUUCAAGAACAGAGCCUUGGGUCUAAACGAGAAUUAUUCGGAUUUCUUAAAUAAUAAUUAUGUCAGUUAUUCUAUUUAUAUUUUAUUCUAAUUUUUAUUUUUAAAUAAACAUCUUUGUACGUUAAUAAGUUGUUACUUCAAUUCAAAACAUGUUUAUAGAUUCAAGGAUUGAGAAGGAAUUCUGUAAGAGAUUAAUGAACCUUAAUGAAAAAUUAAUACAUUUUUUUGGAUUCCGAAUUACAGAGUAAUCAUUUUGAAGCACCUAGGUGAUUGUUGUUGGACCUGGCGUCAACCUUAGUUUCAACUAAAGAUCAAGAUUCAAUGCAAUAGUAAUUAUUUUGAAG